AUGGCCAACCUUCUGAAGGCGUUUCCUGGUCACCCCAGCGAUCAAGGCUAUGAGUUAGUGUACGUCGAUCCUAAGACCCAUAGUCUGGUCCAGAAAAAGGUCGACGGCGUCAGUAAACAUAGCAAGUGUAAGAUCUCCUCCUCCUCCAGCAAACAACAACGAGUGGGGACCAGGAAAUUUACUGAUGGCUCUUCAGACGAAGACCCUGUCAUCUCCAUCAUUCGUAAGAACAAGCCGGAGAAGUUUUGUCGGUCCUACUGCCCUAGUCAGUGUGCCUCGUCAAAGCCGCAAGUAAAGACAAGCAAGUCCACAACAACCGUGUGCCCUUAUGGAUGCAAGACAACCGUUCUCUCAACUGCCACCGCCCCUCGACCCGUUGCCACCGUGACUAGGGCUUUGACCACGGUCCUGACAAGGCUAUCAACCGUCAAGGCCCCGACGUCCACCAUCCUCACCACGGUCACCGAUGCUUCGAGCGUCACAGAGGUCACGACAACCACGACAACCUCCGUCAUAUCCAUCUACUUCAAGGGUGACACUCCCGUCCCUGGCGGCCUCGACGAGCGCGACGCCAGGGUUCCCUCCUAUCUCAGGAGGUACUCGCGCCAGCAGAUCUGCAACGCCUGUGCCGUCGUGUACCCCCCUUCGCGCGGCCCAGCCCAAACACUCAAGAAGGUCGUCACGGCCACCAUCUGCGAACGACAACAGCCAGUCAUUGGCAUCUCGAUCACUCCUCCCGGCCGCUUCGUGGAGUUCGGACACUUCGAGACAGCACCGGGUGCUGCGCCGCCUGCUUCCGGUGCCAAGGCUGCCAGAGCUGGGCCUUCCUCAAGGCCCGUGAUGCCAAUGGGUGCGCUAUUGUUGUCGACUUUAACUUCGGCGACGGGACGGCUACUGCUGAGUGUCCCGCUGGCAGGGGAGGCGGCCAGCUCUUGGUAG